AUGGCCACCACUCCUGACAGCCCUUCUCUCCAGCAAUUCCUCUCUCCCCUCACAGCCCCCCUCUCAGAGCCCUCCCUCUACCGCCUCUCAUACCACUUCUCCCAGACCUACAAACAUCUCGCUGCCUGCUCCACAGAGUACUUUUUCCCCACGCCCAUCACGCAUCUGCCCACUGGCCGAGAGCAAGGCCGGUAUCUAGCCGUGUACGUGGGCCUGUACUACUUGCAUGUGGGCUUUAUCGAGCUGCUAGGCUGUGACCAAGGACUUGGACUUGGCCAGGAAUAUGCCGCCAGAAGAAAGAAGAAAAUCCCCGUCCGCCGAACGCUGGAAAAGGCGUGGCCAAUUGAAGCGCGGCUGAAAUGGGAGCACCCUGUCGAGUUCUUUGCGUGGAUAGGCACUUGUAUUGCCGAGGUUGUGGGCGAUAGUAUGCGCAAUGAGAAUGAGCAGAUUGACGAUGACGCGAGAGAGGAGUUGGUUGCUGGGAUUUCGUUUUGCUUUCCUAUUGUUCAGAAAUCCCUCGAUGAAGCCGUGCUUUUACCAACCAGUAAAGGGUUCGCGCUCGCAUCAGAUCUGAAUCUGCAGCAGGCGUUAUUGGAUGGCUACGAAUGGCACACUCGACCGCACUCCACUGGCUCAUCAGAAGAGGAAGAAGAAGAAGAAGAAAAAAAAGCGCGAACAUCAAAACGCCGCAAAAAGCACAUUUCCCUGCCAAAACUGAAAAUAGCAGCAAUGACCAACGACACUGUAGCCACCUUUGCCUCACUGGCAUAUAGCAUCAAAUCACUGCAUGCGGUGCCCAACAACAGCCGCGUCGUCAUGGGCCUGAUGGUAGGCGCAGGCUGUAAUGCGACUGUGCCCAUGAAAGUGUCGAGCCUGCAUCCGUCCAAGACGGAGUUUAUCACUGCUGAUAGCGAUAGCAAUAGCAAUACGGAAAAAGAAACACUGGUCAGCACAGAAUGGACUCUGCUCCGCUCCAGCCAGCCCCUCCUCGACAUGCACCUGCUGACGCGCUGGGACAAACAUAUCUCAGCCCAGUCUCAACCCCCCGGCUUCCAGCCCAUGGAAUACAUGGUUGGCGGCCGAUACAUGGGCGAAUUGGUGCGCCUCAUAGUGCUGGAAUAUUUCACGAUCAUCCUCAAAAUCCCGCGCGACAUUUUGCCGUGGCGCCUGCUCGAGAGCGGCGGGUUGACCACCGAGUUUUUGUCGUUGAAUGUUGCUUCCUCUUUCUCAUCACCAGCACUACAUAAUGAUGAUCAUCUCGACCACACCGAGGAAGCAAAAGAGGGAAAAGAAGAAAAAGAAGACGCCGCCCUCGCCUCCACCCUCAACACCCACCUCCCCUCCGCCAAGGGCUGGACCUGGAACGCCGACAAAGCCCGCAUUCUGCGCACAGUCGCAUACGCCGUGCAAUCGCGCUCUACGGCGAUUAUUGCCGCUGCCACCGUGGGCCUGUUGGCUUGUAUUGGCGAAAUCCACCUUGAGCCUGCCCCUGCCCCUACUCCAGCGCCUACUGACAAGGGGGAUGGAAUUGGAACAUGGAACCACGGCCCCGAAGAACUCGUCGUUGCUUUCAGUGGCGGGCUAAUCCAGAACUACCCACGCUACAAGGAGAAUGUGCAGCGGCACAUUGACCGGUUGCUGGUGCACGGGGGUCCGCAGCAGGGCGGGAAGAGUAUAUUGUUGCGCGAGGUGAGUGAUGGAGGCAUUAUUGGGGUUGGUGUUUUGGCGGGGUGUUCGGUGAGGCGCGGGAUUGAGGGGAUUGUUGGGUCGAGGUUGGAUGUUUGA